CGAAAAUCAGUUUCAAAGAUACAUUCGUGCCGCUCGGGUUGUCAGUGCGUUCGUCGCUCGCUCACACACACCGUCUCUCUCUCGUUCAGCGUUCCGUUCCACUGAGGCACCGCACCGUUCACCAUUCACCGUUCACCGUUAGUUUUCGCCGCGCUUUUGCCUCUCUCGCCGUGCGUAGCGGCAGCAGCAGCAAGCAGCAACAACAACAAAAGGUUCGCCGUCGCCAAAACAAACAAACAAACAAAAAAAGAGAAGCCACAAAAUAACAUUUCAUUCUACCAAACGAAAGUGCGUGAAACACAACAAAAGAUCCCAGAUCCCAGAUCCCAGAUACAAGAUACAAGAUACUUCUUCAACAACAGCAACAGCAAACAACCCAAAAGAUAUAUACAACUGCAACCGUUAGCCGAUCGAUCGAUCGUUCAGUUCGUUUCAGCAUAUCGUGUGUGUAUCGUGUGUCACCCCCCACCCCGUGUCCUGUGUGUAGGAUAUGUUUUUUUAUGGUGUAACCAGUGCCUCCUCAAACCUCAAACAAUAAACAACUGCAGCCAUAUAAACCCGAAUAUACCGCAAAGUAUCUGGAUCCUAAAUUGGAAUAUACAUACAUACAUACAUAUAUAAUACGAUCCGAUCCAAACGAUCCAAACGAUCCAUACGAUUCGCCUGCGAUCGAUCAGUGAUCGUUUUGUUUGUGUUUUUUUUUCGAUACAUUCAAGCAACCAUUGGCCGGCGACUGAGGAUCGAGGAUUGAGGAUCCCCAUCGCACUUUGGCAGGAUUCCGGUAAUAGGAAGGAGCACGAGGAGUUUCAUACACCGUGAGCGUCUCUUAGAUCGGUCUCAAGAUUGAUUUCGGGGAGAUAGCGGCAGCACGUGGCGAGCGGACACACAACAGCUUCAACGUGGCGCUGCACUCAACAGAAGCCCUGAUGGCGGCGGGUUUCCUCAAAUCUGGUGAUUUGGGCCCCCAUCCGCACAGCUAUGGCGGCCCGCAUCCGCAUCAUUCGGUGCCGCACGGACCACUGCCGCCGGGCAUGCCGAUGCCAUCUUUGGGUCCCUUCGGCCUCCCACAUGGUCUCGAGGCCGUUGGGUUCUCCCAAGGUAUGUGGGGUGUGAACACAAGAAAACAGCGUCGGGAGCGCACAACAUUCACACGCGCCCAACUGGACGUCUUGGAGGCGCUGUUCGGCAAGACCCGAUAUCCGGAUAUAUUCAUGCGCGAAGAGGUGGCUCUCAAAAUAAAUCUGCCCGAGUCACGUGUACAGGUUUGGUUCAAGAAUCGCCGCGCCAAGUGCCGCCAGCAGUUGCAGCAGCAGCAGCAGUCGAACAGUUUGAGCAGCUCCAAGAACGCCAGCGGCGGCGGCGGGGCAGGCAGCGGCAGCUGCAGCGGCUCCAGCAACAGCCGCAGUGGCGGCGGCAGCGGCAGUGGUGGCAACAACAACAGCGGCGGCGGCGGCAAGUCCGGCGGUCAGAAGCAGAGCCAAAGCCAAAGCGGCGGCGGCGGUGGCAGCAGCAGCUCUGCAGCGGCAGCGGCCAGUGCAGCGGCAGCCGUGGCGGCGGCUCAGUCGAUCAAGACGCAUCACAGUUCCUUCCUGAGUGCCGCUGCUGCGGCAGCUGCUGGAGGAUCGGGCGGUGGCAACAACAAUGGCAACAACAACAGCAGCGGCAACAACAACAACAACAGCAACAAUAACGGCGGCGGAUCGACGCCGAACAGCAGCAGCAGCAGCACCGGCGGCAGCAACUCCCACAGCCACAGCCACAGCCACGCCCAUCUAUCCGCAGCAGCAGCAGCGGCCGCCCUGAACGUGACGGCGGCGCACCAGAACUCCUCGCCCUUGCUCCCCACCCCGGCCACCUCCGUCAGCCCCGUGAGCAUCGUCUGCAAGAAGGAGCACGGCCUGACGGGCGGCUACGGUGGCGGCGGCGGCGGCGGCGGAGGAGGCGGCGUUGGCUCCUCUGGCGGUGGCGGUGGCCUCAAUCUCGGCGUGGGAGUGGGCGGCGGCGGCGGUGUUGGUGUCGGCGGCGUCGGUGUGGGUGUGGGUGUGGGCGUGUCCGGGGAUGUGCUCCGCUCGCCAUACGAUCAGCUGAAGGAUGCCGGCGGCGACAUUGGCGCCGGGGUGCAUCACCAUCACAGCAUCUAUGGCUCGGCGGCGGGCAGCAAUCCCCGACUGCUGCAGCCGGGCGGCAACAUUACGCCGAUGGACAGCAGCAGCAGCAUCACCACCCCCUCACCGCCGAUCACCCCCAUGUCGCCGCAGUCGGCGGCAGCGGCCGCACAUGCCGCGCAAUCGGCCCAGUCCGCCCACCACUCGGCCCACUCGGCCUACAUGUCCAACCACGACUCGUACAACUUCUGGCACAACCAGUACCAGCAGUACCCGAACAACUACGCCCAGGCGCCCAGCUACUACUCCCAGAUGGAGUACUUCAGCAACCAGAACCAGGUCAACUACAACAUGGGUCACUCGGGCUACACGGCCUCCAACUUCGGCCUCUCGCCGUCGCCCUCGUUCACCGGCACUGUGUCCGCCCAGGCCUUCUCGCAGAACAGCCUCGACUACAUGUCGCCCCAGGAUAAGUACGCGAAUAUGGUGUAGAAUCUACUCUUCCAGUACUGCGGCAGCAGCAGCACGACAAGCAACACGGGGAGUGCUGCAAGUGGCAGUGGC